AUGGCGUGGAAAUCACAGACACAGUACAGAAAGCAGAAGGAAGAAGAAAUGACAGACAGAAGGCGGGACGAAGACAUGAGAAAGGCAUUUGCAGAUGAGAACAUUGAGCAUCUGCCAAAUGUGUCCUCAAAGACCAAGAAACAGUCCGUUCUUGAAGACAUACACAAAGAGAACUUGCGGAAAAGAGAAGAAAGACAGAACGAAAUAGAGAAAAUAAAUAAAAUCAGAGAGAAAAAGCAAAGGGAGAAAGAGGAUUGGAAAAGAAAGUUUAACCAUCGUACAAAAAAAGGGCAAAUCCCACUAGGCCCCCGAAUAAACUACUUAUAUAAAAAGAUCCAAGAGUUAAAGAAAAACAACUAA